AUGGGCGGCAGCAAGGAGGUAGUUAUCGAAGUGGAGGAUACGCUCAGCUCUGAGGGCAGCUUCGCCAGCACCGUUACGGGACAGUGCUGCAGCGAGCAGCGGCAAGAUCAGGAAGUUGUUCAGCUGAACGAUAAUGCUGCCAAAGUGCAGAGCAAAUGCAAAAAAAGUCCCAGCGUAUUAUCGGGCGGCCAUAACUAUGCAACCAGUAAAAAUGUAGCCGAGGGUCUCAUGGACAUAGCCUUGCUCUCGGCAAAUGCUAAUCAGCUGCGAUUUCUGAUCACCUACAACCAUGCAUCAUCCACAUUCUAUUGCAGCUUGGCUCUGGUCAUACUUUCCCUGGUGCUGCAACUGCUUGUGGGCAUUGUACUCAUCUUUAAGCGCCGCCUUAAACGCUGUCAGAAUCGUAACUAUAUGCGAACCAAUGAGGUUCUCAUAAUGGGGGUCUUCCUUAUCACUGUGAUCAAUGUACUGCUGGCUGCAUUUACCACAACCGACGGACGUGCUAAUUGA